GGUAUGUAGAUUUGCUGCAUGCAUAUUCAGAGAUCGUGGAAAAAUGCUUUAAUUAGAAUUUUUUUCUCUGUACAAUCACAGAGAGAGGAAUCCGAUUAGACGAUCUGAUCAUAUGAAGAACCAACCACGACCUCUAUUCCGGAUCUGUUCAGGCACUGGACAAGCUAGUCACUUAAUCGUCACAGAUGCAUAUGCGUGUUAUCGUAGGUUCGUAGUUGUACAUUAACUUGUGACAAACAUGCAUUACUGCAAUACGGUAUUUGUCACAAGACUUUAUAUUUGUAUGCGGACCGGACAAAGCAGUAUGGCAUCACACUGAGGUAUAUGGAAUGGAGGCUAUAUAUGAAGAUAUAGAGAUAUCGGAGGACGUCGACGAAGUGGCGAUUACAGGAAAUAGGUUAUGUUAUAGCGGAAAUGAUUGUGAGAAUUUUCCACAACAUUUAUUGAGGUAUACCCGCCUAGCUGUGUGCAUCGACCUGAGCCAUAAUAAGCUCAAAAAUAUCAAUGAUUUAUCGAAGUUCGUCCAUCUGCAAGAGUUGAAUUUAGAUAACAAUGAAAUCGACGACGAAACCGAUUUUCCGGAAAUGAACACUUUACAGACACUUUCGUUAAAUAAAAACCAACUAACUAAUCUCGAAAAAUUGGUGGCACAACUCAAACAAAAAUGCAAGAACUUAACAUACUUGAGUUUACUCGGAAACGCUGCCUGCAGACAUCCAUUACUAGGAUAUACUGAUGAAGAUUAUGCGGAAGUGCGACGUUAUAUCGCAACAUAUUUACCGAAACUAGAAAUCAUAGACUGGCAAGCAGUAGCAGAGGUGGAAAGGGGAGAUCAUCCUUCUGCUUUAGAAGCAACUACCUUCGAAGAAUUUGAUGUUAAAUUCACAACUGAAAACGAACAGCUUUCCCCACCAACACCUAGAGCAGCCGCAGGAAAAGUGCGUUAUACUUAUGUCGGAAAGCAAUCCGAGGGCAACAGGUUUAUCAGAAACAACAACCUUUAACAGAUAAAAACGUCUCACAGGCUAAGAGUUCGAAUAAAAAGGCGUUGAACCUUAUAUUUCACCAACAUCAAAUACUUUUUCGCGUGUUACCCUGAUCAAAUGCUCAAUUUCAAGAUGCUCAAAUGCUAUUUAAGCGCCCUGCAAAUUUCCCUAUAUUUAUUUCUGAAAGAAUUUGAUAUCCAUUGAUUUCUGAUAGCAGUGAUUUUUUUUCCAACUACGACAGCAAGAAUUUAGCAAAACGAUUGAACAUUGUGUCUCUGAUCUACUCAACAUUGUGCAAUGGAUAAAGCGCAAAUGUCCUAUCAGAGGCCGACAACAUGUUUCUCAUUUAAAGCGUGUUCCUAUGUGUUAUAAUAUUACAAAUAUUUUUUAUGAAAUUCAUUUUAUUUUAACAAGCAAUACAUUGUAAUUUACAAAAAAUGUUUGGUAACAAUCAAGACAGGGCUGAAAGCAUUUACAGUAUAUCAGGGCAGAGAAAGGGGUUAUUUUCAUGAGUUUACUUCGAACAAGACUAUGCAAAAGAAGCUACCGAUUAUGAUACAAGGGAGCUAUAUUUAAAUAAGGACUGGGAUCUUGCUAUUCUGGCAAGGCCUUAUUAUAACCUCAGUGUACGGUAGGAAUGGGGUUUCAACUUGACCAUCACACCCAUUCAAAGGUAUUGGGAAACGGCAGAGUUAUUCACUUCCUCUACCAUAAGCAUAGAACAGCAUAAAGCAUUAUUUCAUUAAGGGGGCUCCAGAAAUGUGUGUACCAAUAUGGAGAUGACUAAUUUUGUUAGCCUACUUUACAUCAAGUUAUGUAAAGGGACUGAAACCUAUGGGCAGGGGGUAUAUUACCGUGGCUAACAGACAGUCCGGAAUAAAACUCAAACAAGGAAAAUCGGAAUAACAUUAUGGCCUAACCCUAACCUGGUACACACUACGGGAGUAUCCAUUUAGGACUACUACAAGAUUUCUGUUGUGUGCAAGGCCCCAGCACAUGAGCCGUUCAAAAGUACAAUAUUGGGCCCAAGUUUACAUCUUCCUGAGAACAAAGCCCUGGACAAGGUGGUGUCUUAAAAAAGGCUGGGCGUAAGUUCGAAUAUGAUCACUUAAUUAAUAUCUUCUUGGUAGUAAACAGGGAUGUCGGUUAAAAAAAUUUCAAAUGAAA